AUGACCGAUCACCACGCCGACGACUUGAUUGACUACGAAGAGGAGGAGCACCUUCUCCAUACGGAAAGCGCCUCAACACAUAAACAAAAUAAUUAUAACGAAGCUACUGAGGAAGAUAAAAAGGAUAAGAAGGGCAGUUACGUAGGCGUGCACGCGACUGGCUUCCGGGAUUUCUUAUUAAAGCCUGAGCUGUUAAGAGCAAUAGUAGACUGCG